UCCGGACCAGUGUCGGUGUCAUAAUCAUUUUUCUAUACACUCGGUGCAGUUAUUUUUUUGUUUUUGUGUGUGUGUGUGACUCGGUUUUUUGGCCCGCGUGCCCCUAAGUACAUCACGGAUACUCGGUGACCGGUUUAACGCCCGAUACGCGAUUAUAUAGUACAUACGGUUUUGGAUUGUCGCCGAACACAAGCUCUCUGAGAUUAAAAUACAACAUGCAGAACUUUGCGGAACACGUGUCCAACUCCACCACCAAGCCGACCAACAGUCGGAUCCUGUACGACAUACCGUGCAAAGUGUGCAAGGACUUUUCGUCCGGCAAACACUACGGCAUAUACGCGUGUGACGGAUGCGCCGGGUUUUUCAAAAGAUCUAUAAGGCGAAAUCGACAGUACAUAUGCAAGUCCAAGUCGGAAGGCGCGUGUCCGGUCGACAAGACCCACCGGAACCAAUGUCGCGCUUGUAGACUCCGGAAGUGCAUGAUGGCCGGCAUGAACAAGGACGCUGUUCAACACGAACGAGGUCCCAGAACUUCCACGGUCCGCCGACAGCUGCAAGGGCUGUGCUAUACCAAAGACAGAUCGGUCUCAAACUCUCCGCCGCUGGACUUAACGCCUAAGAGAUCGCCCGAAUGCUCUACCACUUGCCCCACUCCGCCCAACGGCCGAUACAUACCCGACUCGCACCUGUACCUGUCAGCCUUUAGACCUCAGAUAUCUGCGGCCAUGCCGAGGUUCUUCAACACCAUGCGGCUGACUCAAGCCGUUUACGAGACGGCCGCUUCGAUUUUAGUCACCGUAUCGACGGUCAAGAGUUUUCCGGCUCUGAUGACUCUGCCGUUCGUCGACCAGUUCGAAUUGCUUCGAGAGGGUUGGCACGAGCUGUUCAUUUUGACCGCCGCCCAGUACUUUUCGGAAACGGACAUAUCUCUGUUGCACGAAGAGCACAAAUCCAACUUCGGCACGCACGACAUUGAGGAGCAAACGUCUUUGUUCAAAGACACUUUGGCCGCCGUCAAGCAACGUCAAGUCGACCCCAUCGAACAGUACCUCUUGAACGAAAUCAUUUUGCUCAAAUCAGAGUCCGUCAAGGAUCGCGGAUGCAGUUCGGACAACACGGAAACCAUUCUGGACGGACUGGCGGUGAAGAGCAAGGAAGCUCUCAAGCGACACGUGCACCACGUCCACUUGGCCCGACCGGAAGCUAGGUACGACGAGCUGAUCGAGAUACUGCCGUGCAUCCGGGCAAUACCCAAGAACACAGUGGUCGAGCUGUUCUUCCGCCGGACCAUCGGGCAAACGCCCAUCGAACCGUUCGUUUGCGGCACAUACACGAAUUACCUGCAGACAGCGCCGCACUUGCAGACCAUCAUCAGCAAGGCCAAGAUCUGCCAUUGUCUGCAGUGAACGCCGGCGACCGAGGCGCUCGACAGACGUUUACCAAAGUGAUACAUUUUAUUAUUAUUAUUAUUAGUGUACAAAAACAAAUUGUUUGAAAGUUAUUGUACAUAUUAUAUAUAUUUAUAAAAAAAAUUAUUGUACAAAAAAUAGUAUUGUUUGUUUGUUUCACCAC